AUGGCCCUGGCGCUAACCAAUGGCCAGUCGUACAGUCAAUACAACUGCGACCAAAAUCGUCUUCAGCGCUGCCAACAGGACAUCACCACAAACAUCCAGGACAUCAGUAACUCGUCGUCGGGCUCUGGAUAUAGUGGUAUCUCCAGCGGCUACCAGAGCUCCAGUAGUGACACACACGCGAGAUGCAGUGCCAUUCGCCAGAAUCUGGACUGUCUGAUAAUGUAUACGCCCGCCUGUAUGAACAACACGAGGACCUCCUAUUCGGGUACAUCGAAUAGCUAU